GUGCAUUGUGGGGAGGUUGUGGUCCUCCAGCGGCUCGGUUCGGAAUAAUGUCUGCCUCGGAGGCAGCGGACGGUUCUUCCCCGGAAUUGUGCCCGAGCUUCGCCGUGAUCUGCUCGUUUCUGGAGCGGUAUGGAGCUAUGCUGGACCUGCCGGAGGUGUCGUUCCCGGAGCUGGAGCGCAGUCUGCAGGAGAGCAGCGCGGUACCCAAACUCCUCGUGGAUCUUCAUGUGAAGUUACUGAGGAAAAUUGGCAAGUCUGUGUCGGCAGACAGAUGGGAGAAAAAUCUCAUGAAGAUCUGUCAGGAGUUUAACACCACAUGGGCAUGGGAGCUGGAAAAGAAGGGUUAUCGAGAGAUGACAGUGGAGUGUAAGACAGGAAUACUGAAGUACUUGUGUGAAUGCCAGUUUGAUGACAAUGUCAAGUUUAAAACCGCUAUCAAUGAAGAAGACCCAGAUAAAAUGCGUCUUCAGCCAAUCGGCAGAGACAAAGAUGGCCUCAUGUACUGGUUCCAGCUUGAUCAAGACCAUAAUGUAAGGGUCUAUGUGGAAGAACAGGAUGAUCUGGAUGGGUCAUCCUGGAAGUGUAUAGUAAGAAAUAGAGACAGCCUGGCUCAAAUCCUUGGACUGUUGAAGACUCAGAUUGAUCCAGCACUUUUGGUAAAGAAGGAUCAGGAGGAGGGCUCAUCUAGUAACUGUCCGAACCCAGAGAAUGAAGAAGACAAGAAAAAAGAAGGAGCUGAAGUGGAGAUCAGAGAUGAGAAGUCACAAAAUGAUUUAUCUGCAUCUGAAAAUAAGGAAAACAUCUUGGAGAAGGAAAAUGCAAAGCAAGAAGAUGCAGAGACCACAGAUGCUUUGUCGGAAAAAGGCUUAAAGGUGAAGGAAGAGCUGCAGAAACAUUCGGAGACGGCAAACGGCACUAAUGGAUCGAUCAAAGAAGAGCCACAGGAUGAGGAUGAGAAAGUCAAGGACUUGUCAACACCUUCACAGAAUGCAGAACAGACGGAGGAUGUAAAAAGAAAAUCUUUAGAAGAGACUCAAAGAGCUUUGAAAAAUGACCAUCAAGCUAAAAUCCCCCUGAAAAAGCGGGAAAUGAAACUAAGGGAAGACUUUGACACCAGUAGCAUGGGAGUACGAAAUGCUCCUCUUGCUCCUGUGAAAGAAUCACUGACAUGUUUUGAUGACAGCAGAUCGAAUGCUGAAAAGAUCAACGGUCAUGUCCCUCACCUUACAACAUCUGAGAGUGAAACGCAAAAAGGGUCAGAGAGUCUUCAAAAAGAAAGCAUAGAAGAGAAUAAUUCUGAGAAACUCCCUCUUGUUUUAGAUGAAUCCAAAGAGAGAAAAAAGAAGAGAAAGGAUGACCAGACGGAAGAGAAGAUGGACACAAAUGAAACCAGAUUGUGUGCUGAAGAGCAGAUGGAAGUGGAGAAAUCUGAGGAAUCCUGUGCCGCCACUGCAGAAGAGAACAAGGAAAAAUCGGAAACUUCUCAAUCUCAUGAAAAGAUCCUUGGAGAAGAAAAGCCCUCAUCAGUAAGUGAACAAUCAGAAAAGACACCUGGUUCUGAAGACGUAACUGACAAUAAAAAGUCUCCCAGUAGUGAUGAUACAGAUGCUACUGAAGUAAAUACGUCAACACUGCCUGGAGAGUCAACAAAAGAAGAAUCAAUGAAAGAUCUCCCAAACAAGGAGUCAACGAUUGAGCUCUCAAAAGAAGACACAAAAGAUCUCUCAAACAAAGAAUCAUCAAAUGAUCUAACAAGAGACAAGUCAGGGAAAAUUCUCCUAAAAGAUGAGCCAGCAAAAGAUCAGUCAAUGAAACAUCUCUCAGAAGAAGAGACAUCAACUGAAAAGUCAACUAAAGACUUCUCAAAAGAUGCAGUGAAAGAAUCAUCAAAAGAUCUCGCACGAAAAGAGUCAAUAAAAGAUCUUCCAAAAGAAGAGUCAAUUAAAGAUCUCUCGAAAGAAGAGACAUCAAAAGAAGAGUCCAUGAAAAAUCUUCCAAAUGAACAAUCCAAGAAAGAUCUCACAGAAGAAGAGUCACACAAAGUCCUCACAGAAGAAAGUCAGCAAUCUCCCAAAGACUCCAAUAAAGACCAUGAAAAACCAGAUCCAACCGCUUCCACGCUGAUGGAAACUGAACCAUUCCAAUCAUCUAAAACAGAGGAGUCUUCUUCCUGUGAAGUAAUCAAACCACAUUCUGGCACAGAAAAGCCGCUGAUGGAAACUGAACCAUUCCAAUCAUCUAAAACAGAGGAGCCUUCUUCCUGUGAAGUAAUCAAACCACAUUCUGGCACAGAAAAGCCAGUGACCACUGAAGAAACGAAACCUCAUCACAGCUCUGCAGACACUACCACAGAAAAAGAGCCAACUGCCAUUGCCUCAAAAACUGAAAAACAGUGUGUAUCUGAAGAAGACAAGCUCUCAACCAAUGGAGAAAGUGAGUCCAUUGCCUCUAAACCUUCUGAAGAUACAGAUGGCCCUCAAGACAAAGUGCAAGAGCAGUCCGAAUCCCCUAAGCCAGCAUCUAGUGAUCUUGAAAAAUCAUCUGUUUCUGAUUCAACGAAUAAGCCAAGCACACCAAAAACCACAGAGAAAGUAGACAGUGAGGAAAAAUGUGAUACAGCUGAAACUGAUAAAAAUGAGGAUUUGGAAACGUCAAAAGACAAGGAUGAAAAUGGUGAAGCUGCAAACAGCUCAGAAGAGUCUGCAGUGAAAAAAUCGGAAGAAGUUAAAGCUACAGAACGACCCAAUGAAUCCAACAGUUUGGAGAAUCCUCCUUCUGAUAGAGAACAUGAAAAGGAACCCAAUUCAAAGGAAGGGAACAAAGAGAAGCCAAUGGAAGUUGAUAAAAUUCAGUCAGCUAUUGAGGAGGGAUGUGAGACUACAACAGCAAGUAAGAAGGAAACUGAUGUUCCUGUGGAUCAGAACACAACCUCAAGAAAACAAUCCAAGCAAGAUGCAACUUCUGAAGAACGUGAGGCUCCCGGGGAUGUUCAAGAAAAAAGCACUGCUGCUGUGAAAAGCAGUAAAAGACAAGGACGGCCUCCAAAGAAAGCUCUGGAGAGUCAGGAUGAGGAUAAAACAGGCGAAGAACAAGAAGAAAAGGCACAACAGGAAGGAAUUCGCAUGAAGAUCAAAAUCCCAGCUCACAGGCGGAAGGCAGAACUUCAGAGAGAAGAGGUGAGGGGAGAUUCAGAGUCUGAGGUGACUGACGGCAGGUGCUUGAGGAGAUCUCCGAGAAUCUGCAGACCCACCGCUAAAGCUGUGGAGAUCCAGGACAGGAGGGUGGAACGGAAGCAGGCGACUCCGGUGUCUGAGAAGGAAAAGGAUGAAAACGAAGACAAAGAGGAUGAGGAUUCUGUACCAAGGAAACCAAGGAAAGCUGAGCCAGAUGGCCAAACAAAACCAAAGGUGGGGAGACGUCGGAAACGACAACCAUGGUCUCGCAUGAGACGUAAAAGGAAAAGUUCUGACGAUGAUGAUGAUGACGAGGAGAGUGAGAGUGAGGAAGAGGAGACGGAGGAGGACGACAGCGAUGAAGACUAUAAGGUGGAGAAGAAGACCAGGAAAAGAAGGAGAAACCGAAACCGAGAGCGAAACAGCUCUGACUCCACUACCUCUUCAUCAGAAGAUGAUGAACCCAAUGACGACCCCUGCAAACACUGUGGCCUUCCCAACCAUCCCGAGCUGAUACUCCUGUGUGAUUCCUGUGACAGCGGUUACCACACUGCCUGUCUGCGGCCUCCGCUCAUGAUCAUUCCAGAUGGGGAAUGGUUCUGCCCCCCCUGCCAGCAUAAGCAACUUUGCGACAGGCUCGAAGAGCAAUUGCAGAAUUUGGAUGCCUCCCUCAAAAAGAAAGAACGUGCAGAGCGAAGGAAAGAGCGACUGGUGUAUGUUGGCAUCAGUGUAGAGAACAUCAUCACACCUUCCGUGGAAGUGGAGGAAGAAAAGAAGGAGGUGGUGAAAGAGAAGAAAGAUGUGAAGAAGAGCAAAGGUUGGGGACGGAGAUCAACCAGGGCAAAGAAAUACAUAAGCUACAGAUUUGAUGAGUUUGAUGAAGCGAUUGAAGAUGCAAUCGAGGAAGACAUUAAAGAAGCAGAAGGUGGAGGAGCAGGCCGGGGGAAGGACAUGGCAAACAUCACAGGCCACAGAGAGAAGGACAUGUCCACCAUCCUACAGGAAGAUGGGAAGGAGAACGGGCAGCCGCGGCGAACCAGUGCAGCUCAGAAGAAGAAGCGGCGGCGUCUCAACGAUCUAGACAGCGACAGCACCGUGGACGAGGAAGAGAGUGAAGAUGAGUUCCGUCUCAGCGACAGUUCAGAGGAUGAGGAGUUUGCGGCCUCUGAUAAUGACGUGGAGAGUGAAGCAGAAGUCCCGUCCUAUGAGGAUAGUGACUUCGGGAGCGAUGUUGCCCGCCCGCAGAGAAGACAGCUGCCACGCAGAAGACGCAGACCGAGAGGAUACUCCGAGGAGGAGGAGCUGGAAACUGAUGAAGAGGAGGAGAUGGCGACUGAAGGCUCUAGUGAAUUCAGUGACAGUGACCUGGACGUCCGCUGUCGGCGGUCCUAUCGGAGUCGUAAGCAAGAGGUGAAUUACUGUGAAAGCUCAGAUUCUGACGGCUCACAGGCCAGCACCAACAAAGACAAAAAGAAGAAACGCAGACGUCUUUCCAGCUCCGACAGCGAAGUUAGUUUCCAGUCAGCCGAAUCUGAUGAAGAAGACCGGAAGCCCAAGAAAAUAAGAGCAGACUCAUCCGAGGAAGAAUCCAGGAAACGUCGAAGACGCCUGUCCCUUAAACGCCGGAGGGAGUCGCCCUCAUCCUGUUUUCACCAUGGAUCACGUCAACAGUCCCUGUUAAAUGUGCCAGAGGCGCCGAAUGGCAUGGAGAUUGCUGCGCCGGACGAAGAUGAAGACGAUCUUUUGGGCGUCACAGACCUCGUAGACUAUGUAUGCAACAGUGAACAGCUAUAACUUGGUAUUCUUUUUCUUUUUUUAACAUUUUUUUCCGACCCUCAUCCUGUUUUCACCAUGGAUCACAUCAACAGUCCCUGUUAAAUGUGCCAGGUGGCACAUGAAUAAUAGCUGUAAAUAUUUUACUGAGUAAAAGUAUCAAGGGAAGGAGACCGCAACCCUUCUAAGAGACUCCCCGAGAUAUUCCUUCUAAAGUAUUGUUUUUGUUCGAUAAGGGCAAUCGCUCUCAAACAAACCCUCUCUGGAAACAACCUCUAAAACCUCUUUUUACACUAAUCACACAGCCAUGCUCACCCUCACACGUCUGACGUAGAGACAUUUGUCAAGUUUACAUGCGUUUUGAUCUCCACUGCUGUCAGUUGCACAUUUCAGAGAGAACCGGAAGUGGGUGGAGUCAGUGCAAUUCAGUAAGGUUUCACACAACGCUAAAUAUCGUCAGCGUUCGUUUCCACUCCGAGGCCAUUUUUAACAUUCAUCUUUUAUAAUCUAAUUGGAGUGGAAGUUGAAUUUGGUUUCAUACGAUUGGUUUCAUAGUGUCAUUUGGUGGGGGAAAAAUAAAUGUUUUUAUUAAGAGAUUUCAUUAUAAGCUUUGUUUUGUUAUACUAUUUAUUAUAGAAUUUGUACCUGAAAUGAUCACUUGGUCGUACAGCUGCUGGCACCAUUAGAGCAAAAGAUUCCUGGAAGAUAUCUAAUGGUGAAAAAUUGCUCAUUUACUUAUGCCAACAUACUAACAUUGCAUCCAAUUCUGUUGCUUUGGACUGUUUUUUUAGCACCACAUUUUGAUUUGAAUUCAAACACUAUUUACUCUGGCAUCUUUUCAAUGCAUCAAAUGCCAAAUCUUCCACUCGAGGAUGAUAAAAUGCUGAGGACUCUCACCCACAUCGAUGCGCAGUUUGCUUCUCUGAGGGAUUCCUUGAAGUUUAGUGCUGUUCAUCUCAUUUUAGUGCAGAUAUUCCGUCAAAGCGAUUCUUCUUUGCCCAUCAUGUCCUGCUUAUGUCUGUGUUUCAGUGCACUAUAUUCAUUUUCUUUAUAUAAAUAUAUGAAUAUAAUCAUUGUAACGUUUUCCUUUAGUUUUGUAAGCAUACUAAUGAUGUGUAUGAUUUGUUUGUUCUUCAUCAAUUACAAAGCAAUACAUUUUUCUUACAAGACAUGCAGGAAGAGAUUCAUCCUCUCCUGGUUUUGUCUGUUUUUAAAGACCGAAAUUCAUGUUGCUGGUGACAUUUGAAUGAUUUCCGACCUUUCCGAGAGCAGCGUGAUGUGAGACGCCCCUCUGAGAUGUAAGAACACGUCUGAGAAACAUUGUAUGAUCUUGCAUUAUCCUGGUGUGUAUAUCUGUAGUUUUCUGCUGUAAUAUAUUAGAAGCAUUUUUAAAUCAUUUAAAGUAUACAUAGCAGUCCUUUUAUGAUUGCAGCUGUUUAUAAUUUGUUUUGUAGGUACAUUUGUACCACUCCAAAGUGGGCACGUCUGUCUCAUUUUCAUGCAUUUUUUUUCGGUUUUGUCUUUGAGGGUUUUUAGUCUCUGUCCUAUUUCCACUGAUUGCUAAAACAUUUCCAAGAAUGGUCUGUUCUUAGAGGAAAAAGCAUUUGAUGUAAAGCCCAACUGACAGUUUAAUUGUUUCGAUGUCAGCAUUAAUUGACAAAAGCGGUGUAAAAAAUGUCUUGUACAUUAAUGUUUAUGCUUGGCAUGCACAUAUACUGUAUUCUAGUCUGAUUUAUUUGCUCUUGCGGCAUUAGGGCAUCAGAUUUUGAGAAUAAAACUUCCCAGAUUUUUUACAAAUAUAGUUUUAGACAUGCUAAGACCAAGAGCAUCAUUAGGUACUAGACCACAAUGCAUUUCUCUCGAGGUGGUCUAUUAACAGUAUUGGGCUGGUGUUCAAUUCUUGUGUAAAUUAAAAAUCAAAGGUACAGACAUCCAUUUGAAAUCGAGGCCCAGCCUAUAAUGACAGUAUAUAUAUUUGUAUUUCACAUAAAAAUCUGUUUAAUUUGAUAUUAUGUCAUGAGGGAUGCCGACACCAGUGUUUGAAGAUAUUUGGCUGAUGUAGUUUGACAGCAGAUGGACAGAUGCCGUCUGGUUUUAGCUUUUAGAAAUGUCCUUUGUGUUCGUCUGUGCCUCUUUUGGAUGUUUUUGUUAACUGUAUUGUAAUUUCUUUCAUAUGAUUUACUAUCUUGUACAUUUGUCAUAAUAAAAAUGAAAUG